GAGUGUCCGGGCCCCAGCGGACACCAGCCGAGCCCCGGGAGCCCCCGGAGCCCCGGGAGCCCCGGAACCUGCAAGCUGGAGCCCCUCGGUCUGCACGUAGCGGCCGCCAUGUUCGGCCAGCAGCAGCUCCAGCAGCAGCAGCAGCUCCAGCAACAGCAGCUCCAGCAGCAGCAACUCCAGCAACAGCAACAGUUGCUGCAGCUCCAGCAGCUGCUCCAACAGCCCCAACCCCAGGCCCCACUGUCCAUGACUGUGAACCGGAGUCUUCUGCAACAGCAGCCCCAGCAGCAGCAGCCUCUGAAUCUCCAGGGGGCCCCCGCCGCUCCCCUCCUCAAUGGCCCCAUGCUGCAGAGAGCUCUCCUUCUGCAGCAGUUACAAGGACUGGACCAGUUUGCAAUGCCACCAGCCACGUAUGACAGUGCCGGUCUCACCGUGCCCACGGCAACACUGGGCAGCUUCCGAGGCUACAGCAUGGCAACUCCAAAUCUGGCAGUCCCCAGCCUUACAACGCCCCAGCUGGCUCCCCCAAACCUGCAGCAGUUUUUCCCCCAGGCCACUCGUCAGUCCCUGCUCGGCCCUCCUCCCGUGGGGGUCCCCAUGAACCCCUCCCAGCGCAGCCUCUCCGGGCGGAACCCCCAGAAACAGGCUCGGAACUCCUCCUACAGCCCCCCAACUUGCAAGACGGUGUCCCCGGAAGAUGGGGAAGACCCCCUCGAGGGGUCUGAGGAAGCCCCCGAGCUCAGCAUGGACACACUGGAAGACCAGGACUCGCCUGCUCACCCCGACGGCACCGCAAGUGAGAGGCGCACCCUGGUCACGGAGCCCCCACCUCAUGAGGCCUCAGAUCCGCCGGCCAAGAGGUUGAAGAGCUCAGAGGAGCCCACCAAGAAGAGGCCUCCCGGGCAGCUACAGGCGAAGGUUCAGCCCCAGGCCCGCAUGACAGCACCCAAACAGACGCAGACCCCAGAGCUGCUGCCUGAUCCACCGGGAGCCCAACUGCUGCCACGAAUCCAGCCGUGGGUUUCGCAGACCCAGGCCCAGCCGCAGGCUCAGCCUCCAGCAGAUACCCAGGUGCGGCCAAAGCUGCAGAAGCAGGCACAAACACAGACCUCUCCAGAGCACUUACCGCCCGAGCCAAAGCAGGUACAGCCCCAGCUCCAGGUACAUUCCCACGAACAGGCCAGGAGCCAGCCACAGGAGGAGCCUUCAGAGCAGGCAUCGGCCCCGGAGCAGACCCUGGCCGAGACUCAGCACCAGCCGCAGGAACCGGGGCCCACCUCAGAGCAAGCACCAGACGCGGCUCGUGACACCAUCGCGGAGCCCCUAGCUGACCCCACAGAAGCCGGGGGAGGCACGGAGGAGGCCUUGCCGGCAUCAGGAUGCACCCAGGUCAGUGAGGAUGUGAGCCAGGAGAAGCCGCCCAGCAGCCUGGAUGUGGGAGAAUGCGAGAAAAGGGCAAGAGAGAUGCUGGGGAUGUGGGGUGCCGGGAGCUCCCUGCAAGUCACCAUCCUGCAGAGCAGCAACAGCCGGGCCUUCAGUACUGUCUCCCUGGCCUCUGGGCCCCGUCCUGGCGACGGGAGCGCGGCCACGCCUGCGGCGUCCAGCGCGCCCCCCAGGCAGGCCGUCCAGUUCUUCUGCUACAUCUGCAAGGCCAGCUGCAACAGCCAGCAGGAGUUCCAGGACCACCUGUCGGAGGCUCAGCACCAGCAGCGGCUCGGCGAGAUGGAGCACGCCAGCCAGGCCUGCCUGCUGUCCCUGCUUCCCAUGCCCCGGGACGUCCUGGAGAGAGAGGCGGCGGAGCCACCGCCAAAGCGCUGGUGCAACACCUGUCAGGUGUACUACAUGGGGGACCUGAUCCAGCACCGCAGGACCCAGGACCACAAGAUUGCCAAACAAGCCCUGAGGCCCUUCUGCACCGUGUGCAACCGCUACUUCAGGACCCCCCGGAAGUUUGUGGAACAUGUGAAGUCUCAGGGACACAAGGCCAAGGCCGAGGAGCUGAAGACACUGGAGAAGGAGAGAGCCAGCCCCGACGAGGAGCACUUCAUCACUGUGGACGCCGUGGGCUGCUUCGAAGGCGAUGAGGAGGAGGAAGAGGAGGAGAAAGAAGAAGAGGAGAUUGAGGUUGAAGAAGAAUUCUUGAAGCAGGUGAGCUCUGGAGAUCAGUGUACAGAGAAGGGGAAGGACUCGGAGACCCGCCACCCCGACACCGCAUACGGUGUGGACUGGCUGGUGCCGGCCGCGGGCUACGUCUGCCGCAUCUGCCGCAAGUUCUACCACAGCACCUCGGGGGUGCAGCCGUCCCACUGCAAGACCUGGGCCCACUUGGAGAACCUGCGGAAACAAAAAGCAGCCAAGACCCCCAGCCCCACAAUCCACCGGCCUGUGAGCCGCCGGUGUGCCAUCAACGCCCGGAACGCCUUAACCGCCCUGUUCACCUCCGGCGGCGGUGGUGGAAGCCGCCUGCCCGCGCCGCUCAGCUCCCAGGACACGGCCAAGGCCCCCAGCAAGGCCAGGCCUCCACCCCGGCGCUCGACCCGCCUCAAGAGCUGACGGCAGGCUUGGAGCCCCCAGCAGCCAGUGCUCUCCAGGAGUCCGUGUGUGCACGUGCUUGGUGUUCUCUAAAGCCAAUAAAAGGCCAUUGGGCUGCGCUGUCCCCA